AGUUAGCAUAGUUUACCUACACUUCGAUUUUUAAAUUGUAUAUAUUACCUGCACGUUUUUGUGCAACUGCCUGGUAUGUUUACGGAUGUUAGCAAGGUAGUUACCGCAGGGAUGUCACGUGUUGUACAAGCCUGCCGUACGUCACACUAAAGUUUCACCAAAUGUUCUUAUACAAACGCAGGUGUCACACAGGUGGCAGUUAAAAGACAAGCUCAUGGCUAUGGCAGCAGAGCCAGUGCCAGAUGCAGUCUGGGACGAACGCCAGGCCUAUGAAGAGCUCCUGUACUGGGACAGCCUGAUACAGCGAGGCCAUCGCCUGCUACCACACGACUUUGACAGAUAUGAGGAGCUACGCUACUGGUAUGACUGUCUCUGUUACGAAGAGGAGCUGAGGCAGUACGAUGAGUACAUCGCAGCCAUACAGGAGAUUGAGGAGAACCGACCCCAAACUGAGGCCCCUCCGGUGCGCACGCCUCCCAUGCGUAUCUUUGUGAGCGACGACCGCCACAUGAUGGCGAAGCACGCGGCGGUGUACCCAUCUUCUGAGGAGCUGGAGGCGGUGCAGACAGUCAUCUCCCACGUGGAGUGUGCCCUCAAGACCGUCUCCGACCUGCUGGAUGUGGAGGCCGGAGUCGGUGUGGCGCCUGUACCUGUGGAGGGGGCAGAGAAGAGUGAGGUGGCUCCCCCUCCAGAGCGUAUCCUACGUGGGGUGAUGAGGGUGGGCCUGGUGGCCAAGGGCCUGCUGCUGAAGGGAGACAUGGACCUGGAGCUGGUGCUGCUCUGCACUGAGAAACCCACCGUCACCCUGCUCAAGAAGGUGGCUGAGAACCUCUCCACCCAGAUUGAGCUCGUCACAGAGGACAAGUAUGAGGUCACCCAGAUCCCAGAGGAGGCGGAGAUUGUGAUCAAGAGCAUCAAGGAGCCCGUCCUGACCCUAACCAUUCACCUGACCUCCCCCAUGAUACGCAUGGAGGCUGAGCCAGAGGGUGCCGGAGCUACCACCCCCCUGGAGGAACCACCUGGAGAAAAGCUAACGGUCGACAGCGAUGCGCCGGCGGACGUUCUGGACAGGCAGAAAUGCCUAACUGCCUUGGCAUCUCUCCGCCACGCCAAGUGGUUCCAGGCUAAGGUCAACGACCUGAAGUCGGCCGCCAUCGUGAUCCGUAUCAUGAGAGACCUGUGUAACCGCGUCCCCACCUGGGCUCCACUCAGAGGAUGGCCUUUAGAGCUGCUGUGUGAGAAGGCCAUUGGAACAUGCGAUCGGCCAAUGGGAGCAGGAGAGUCUUUCCGCAGAGUUCUUGAGUGCUUGGCGUCUGGAAUCCUGAUGGCCGAUGGUCCGGGUAUCAAGGACCCUUGUGAGAAGGAGAAGGUGGACGCCAUCAGCCACCUGGACACUCAGCAACGUGAGGACAUUACACAGAGUGCCCAGCAUGCCCUAAGGUUGUCUGCGUUCGGACAGCUGUACAAGGUGCUAGGGAUGGAUUCCCUGCCUGCCAGGGAACCAAGGAGGACCAUAGGACCAGGUCUCAGAAACUACGGUUCUCAGAUCCUGGCCAGUUCCACCUACCCUCCCAAGAGACCUCAUGAUGCCGCGGACAAAGGGGGAGAUGACAGCAAGAAGAGGAAGUCUCAGAAGUUCCAGAAAUAUCCAAAAUUUCCUAGGAAGUCGUCCACAGAAGAGAAGCCCGGGGACUCUCCUAUGGCCAUGAACGCCCUGAUGCGUCUCAACCAGCACAAGCCUGGUCUGCAGUACCGUCUGACGGGUCAGAGCGGUCCAGUGCACUUCCCGGUGUUCACCAUGUCUGUAGACGUGGACGGCGAUACAUACGAGGCCUCAGGGCCUUCCAAACGCACCGCCAAACUCCACCUAGCUGCCAAGGUCCUGCAGAAGUUGGGCCUGCCCACUGGGGCGGAUGUGAAGAUUGAACCAGGCGAAGAGGGAGGAGCCAACGUACCAUCCACACCUACAGCAAGUGAUGCGUCCAUGGCAUCUGACGAGAACGGUCCCAUCCUCACUAAGCACGGGAAGAACCCAGUGAUGGAGCUGAACGAGAAGAGACGCAGCCUGAAGUACGAGCUCUCUGCUGAGACCGGGGGCAGCCAUGACAAGUGCUUCGUCAUGGAGGUGGAGGUAGAUGGACAGAAGUUCAAAGGUCGAGGCUCCAACAAGAAGGAGGCCAAAGCCUACGCAGCCUUAGCUGCUUUGGACAAACUUUUCCCAGAGGGGGCGGGGCCCUACUAUAACCCUCACUCUGACCCCAAGAAGAAGAAACCAGUCACAUACACUUCCAUGCAUAUCCCAGGCUUUGGCACUAUUCGAGGCAUUCCAACCGACACGGAGCCUAACAACCGGGGCCGCGGGCGAGGCAGGGGUCGAGGAAAGCCUACGACUGGCAGCAGCUACAACCAAACAAGCUACCGUUAUGGAAGCAGUGCUGGCUCUGGUUAUCACAAUCUGUACAGUAUGGGUGCAACAGAGGCUGCUUCCACAACAACCACCUCCACCGGUGACGCCUCCACAGAGGCAGAUGCCAGCGGCAACACCACCGGCUACGGCACCUUCUACCCCGAAUCAUCCUACACCACACCGGCCAUAACCGCCUCCGCCACCUCAGCUGCCAUGACCGCCCAAGCCCAGGUCGGUGCAUCUUCCCUGGGUGACUACCAGUCGGUGCCCCCUCCCCUGGACCAGCAGAGCCCCUAUAGUUAUGGCUACGGAGGGGAUAAGAAGAGUCUGCUGACUGCAGCUCAGUCUCAAGCCCAACAGACCCAGCAACAGGUGGACUACUCUAUGUACAGUACAGCCUACCCCAGCUCUGUCACCGGUGGCCAAAUGUACAGUUACGGCUACGGCAACCAAUCGAGCUUCAGCAUGUAUGGGAACGCCUCCUCCCAGGGCUAUGGGGCGGCUGCUACUCCCCAGACCCAGCAGACCUCCUACCCCACGGCAUACGGAAACAUGAACUAUCAGUACAAAUAGAGGGUACCACACACACACCACAUCCCUCUCUCAAGCCCCCCACCAACCCUCUAAAGCCUUCCCCCAGAGGAAAAGAAGACCCUCGUGUCUUUCUCUACUUUCAUUAUAUUGAUCUAAUAUUAAUGAAUCCUAAACCCUCAAGUCAUUUUCACCAUCACUUUAUUUCAUAAACCAGACUAUCUAUUUCUUUAUUUACCAUGUGGUAAAUGUAACCUGUGUGUCUAACAAGUAGUUCAGUUCUGUAUAGGGAUUACAAAAAGGAAAUAAUAAUAAUAGCUCUUUCAGGAUGAUGCUUUCUUGGGUCAUUGACUUCUUGUUUUGUUCAAGUUUCUUUCUUUUCUGUUUCUUUUGUACACUUUCUGUUUUUCUGUUGUCAAGCCACCCGAGGUUGAAUGUGAAUGUAAACGGAGAAUCUGUUCUUAUUUCAAAGACUUGUUUUCUUCACAUUUUUAUUUUCGAUUUCAAUUUGAAUCACUGUUAUGUUUUAACUGUUAUUAUAUUAACCAGCAGUGUGGUAAAAAAAAAACAAGUUGACAGUAACUUGGAUUUUUAUGUGAAAGAGCAAUGGAAAUGUGUUAAUUGCUGUUUCAUUGGAAGGUUUCGGUAAAAGGCUUGUAUCUGGUUGUUUGUAAGAAUAAAUUACUUUUAUUUUGGA